AAAUUGCCUGUGGUUUUUGUAGACGUUUGUUGUACAACAACUCGUGUCGCUACUUUAUAAAUUUACUUUGAUUACGAACAUCAUUGGCAGCGGUAGUAAAAAAUUAUAAAAAAAAAAAUUCGACAAAAAGUUUAGUUAUUGUUAAAAAUAUUGUAUAUGCGGUGAAAAAGAUAAAUAAAAUAUACUAAGCAAAAGUGAUAAAAAAAGUUUGCAUUUCAGUUUAAUAAAAAAAAAAAAUAAACAAAAAUGUCCAGCGACGAAUCAACUGGCACUCAAAUUUCAACAGUUUCAAAUCGUGAUAAUACCAAGACAAAACUAAAGUCUCACAAAUCAGAAGAAUGGGAAAUAAAUUUAAUUGGAAACUUUGUGCUUGGUUUAUAUCAUCGAUCUAUUGUUAGCGCCAAUAAUGAGUGGCUUAUUAAAAAAUCCCUAAUACGAGAGGAGUAUUCAAAAUUUAUUACAAAAGAUUUACGAAAAAAAUUAAAUGAACUCAAUGGGUCUUCAGAUAUUGGUACCAUGUUACAUCGUUGCGGUUUUCUACUCAACACUCCACGAGGAAGUCCUUUUUUUAAAAUAAAAUAUUCCAAUUUAUUUGAUUUUCGCAAUAGUAAAAUAAAAGAAUUGGAUAAAUUGAAAAUAAAUAGUGAUGGUCUGGAACAGAUAACGAAUUCGGUUAAAUCUCCCGAAAGCAUAUUAUUGGAAUUGGUGGAUAAUAUAUCAAAUGUUUUACAAGAAGAUAAUUUGGAAGUGGAUGAAAGUAUGACGCCAAUUCCUUUGGAAUAUCAAGCCUCCUUAAUGCAAAUACGCAAUGAAAACUAUAAUCCUACUAAUAUGAGCUGUUGCAUAUGCGAAGAAGAUUUUAGCAGCAUGGAUACCUAUGAAGAGCAUAUCCAGAAACAUGGCGAUGAUACAGAUUUUGAAUUUUUAAACACCAUGAGUAAAUUUGAUAAACCCAUAUUUAAAAUGACCUAUAGACUGUGUAAAAAUUCUCAUUAUUUUUGUUUUGAAUUCGAAACACAAUUAGAGAAUAUAAUAAUUGAUAAAAUUAUUAUUGUACAGUCGCGUUCAUUUUAUUAUGUCCACAAUAUGCGUGUACCCUAUAAAUGUCCAGAAAAUGGUAAGGAUCGUUUCUUUGUCGAUUCACAUUUGUUUACCAUACACAUCGAACAGCCUAUUGUUUUGAUAUGUCAUCUGGAGAGUAACAAGGAAACACAUAUUGUUGAACAACAUCAUUUUAUGCGUUCUGAGGAAUUUCCAAAAGUUAAUUUUUCUAUUAAUCCUUAUCGUUUACCGGAUAAGAAAAUUUUUAAACCAAAAUUCCAAUUAGCCGACUAUUAUCCACCCAAAGAAAUACAAGAUGCUUUAAAGGAUGAUUUCUAUUAUGAGAAAUUAAUGAAAACAUCUAAUGAAUUCCGAGACUAUGUACGUAAUGGCAAAAUAUUACAGCCUCAUAAUAUAGGAGCAUCAAUAAAUAUACUAUUGCAAAUAGAAGAUAUGGACAAUAUACAACAAUAUCUGCAAUUAACGCAAAAGAAUAUUAAAUUACGUAGUUAUGGUGAUGAAUAUAGUUUUCAGCUUAAACCCAAACAACGUGUAUUUAUUGAAAAUAUAUUAUCUGCUUAUGAUGAGGUAAUACUCACCACGCGUACUGAUAUCUUAACAAAAUCGGAAGAUAUAAUGCAAUUAAUGCUGCAGAAUAAAAGCGAUAUUAAUCGUAUGAAGAAUACAUUUGUUGGACUAAUACAGGCCGUCAAUACGGGUCGUAUUAGUUUUAAAUGUGAUAAAAAAAUUAAUAUACACGGUUCAUAUACGGUUAUAUGUCGGCCAUCACGUUUAAAUUUUCGUUAUCAAUAUCGUUCGCUUGAGCUGUUACCAAUUGCUAUGGAUUUUUUGAAGAAAUUUCUAUUUCCUUCUAAAAUAAUGCCACGACAAUUGUCGAGGGUUAGUUUGGAUUUGCAUAAUAAAAAUAUAAGCGAGGAGCAAUUACAAGCGGUGCGUAACAUAGCUGAAGGUCCACGUAAUGAUGCUACAUAUAUUAUAUUUGGUCCACCCGGUACUGGCAAAACAACCACCAUAGUCGAGUCGAUUUUACAACUUUUAAAGAAACCAAAUACAAAAAUAUUAGUUACUGCUAGCUCUAACAGCGCUUGCGAUGAAGUAGCCUUGCGUUUGUGUAAAUAUCUAAAACAGUUAGAUAUUCCGCGAGCCAUUGUACGCAUCUAUUCACGUUCAUCGGAAAUUCGCACCGAAACAAUCGAUGAUGAUCUAUUGGAAAUUUCCAAUAUGUAUAAUGGACAAUUCUAUCCUGAUGUCGAGAUAUUACACGAAUAUCGUAUUGUCGUGUGUACGUUGUCGGUUUUAGCAAAAUUGGCAACUGGAAAAUUUGGUCGUCAAGAAAACGGUUCAACUUUGUAUACGCAUUUAUUUAUUGAUGAGGUUGCUGCCUCAAUGGAAGCUGAAGCCUUAAUAGCGAUAACUACAGUUUUGACACCAAAAUCAUGUCUAAUUAUAUCCGGUGAUCAUAAACAAUUGGGACCGAUUCUACAAUCGAAACGUGCCAAAGAAUUGGGUCUAGAUGUAUCGUUAAUGGAUCGUUUAUUAGAUCGUGAUUGUUAUCGUGUUGAUGUAGAUACGGGCGACUAUGAUCGCACCAUACAAACACGUUUGAUACGUAACUAUCGUUCUCAUCCCGCUAUUGUUAAUUUAUAUAGUGGUCUCUACUAUAAUCAUAGUUUAGAAUCUUGUGCUAAAAAGGAUGAUGUUUCCUUGUGUGAACUUUGGCACAAAUCGCGUAAUAAGCAAUAUCCUAUAAUAUUCCAUGCUAUUUAUGAUCCUUCUCGUUCGGACUAUCAAUCACAUAGUUUAUAUAAUCUUCGAGAGCUUGAAGUGGUAAUGGAUUACGUUAAAGAUCUCAUGUAUUUCGGCAUAAAUGGCAAACCGGUGCAAGAGAGUGAUAUUGGCAUUAUAUCACCUUAUAAAAAGCAAUAUAGGCGCAUACAGGAAGAACUAAAUAUACGCAAAUGGUUUAAUAUUGAAACGGGUUCGGUGGAAACUUUUCAGGGUAAAGAAAAGGAUAUAAUAAUUGUAUCAUUUGUUCGUUCUGGCACUCAUAAUUUGGGUUUCUUGGAUAAUCCAAGACGUUUAAACGUAACUAUAUCACGUCCAAGAUCUAUUUUAAUCUUGGUGGGAAAUCCACAAACUUUAAGUUUAAAUAGUGAGUUUGAGUAUAUAAUAAAAGAGUGUCAACGUAAUAAAACGUUUGUGGGUGGCAUAGGACCACCAAGAGCCUUUGGAGGUGCAGCAGGAGGUGCAGAAGUUAAAAAAGAAAAUACUACAAAUGCUGACAAUGAUUUGCUAAAACUUUUAACUGAUAAUAUGAAAGCUCUAAGUGUAGAGAAAAAAAUUGAGGAAAAAGAGGAACAGAAUGAGAAGCCAAGAAAAGCUCGUAGACGAAGACGUUUUGGUAGAAAUUCUAAAAAUAAAAUUUCGAACGAGAAUAACAGUGCAACAGUGGGUGAUAAAGACGAUGACGAAGACGAUGAUGAGGAUGGUGAAGAGGAUGAAGAGGAUAAUAUUAGUGAAACUAGCAGUAAACCUUCUACAUCUGGAAUGAAAAGAAAUGAUAAAAAUAAACGCCAAUUAAAUAAGAGAGCCGGAGCUAAAGGUGGUAAAAUUACCAAACAAUACGGUAAAGGUAAACAAAAACCGGUUGUUGAUAAUGAGAGUAGCAAUAGUAAAAUACUUGAAAAAAAUAAAAUCGAAUCAUUAUUCGAUGAAUUACCAAAAGUGCCACCGACUACACUGAACGACACAACUACAAUAGUAAACUCAAAAAAAGCUUUUAGCUAUACAAAUGAACAACUAAUGGAAAUGAAACAACAACAACAGCAAUAUUUUGAUAGCAUGCAAAGACAACAACAAUUACAACAGCAGCAACAACAAUUACAUCAUUGGUCUAAUAAUCCAUAUUCAAAUACUAACAAUAACUUUUUUAAAAUACCAGCUGCCGGCCUAUAUCCUUUAGCAUAUAUAUCAACCACAAGUCAACAGCAACAUUUUAAUCAAGAGCCUUUACAAUAUUCUUCACCAUUUGCUUCGACACCUAAUACAACUGUUGUCAAUAAUGCAAAUAAUUUACGUUUUCCAAACGUUGUUAAUGUUUCCAAUGAUAAUACGGCAAAUAGAAACAAAGAUAAUAAGAAUAAUAGAGCCGCUGCUAAUGCUGCUAAUAAGACCAAUACAAAUAAUAGAAAUUCGUCUAAGAAUAAUAAUAACAAUAGAAAAGAUAACAACAAUAAUAAGCAGAAAACCAAUGGGGUCACUAAAAUUUCUUAUAACAAAGCUAAAAAUGCCAAUGCAGUUAAUGCAACAAUGAAAUCCACAAAAAUUGCUGCUAAUAUACAUGCAACUGCAAAGGCAAAUAGUGACAAUACUAAUAAGACAAAUUUUGGAGCAAAACCAAAAACAAAUCUUACUAGCAAUGCAACAGCUAGACCAAGUAAUUCGGUAACAUCUUCAUAUACAGCGGGAGCGGUAAAUCCGAUUACCAAAACAGUGGCUCCCAAAGCCGCCAGUACUGCAACCGUUUCUACCAAUAGUGUAGGUAAUAAAUCAAUUAACAGUACUGCUAAUAUAUAUCCCACUCUAAACAAAACUUCAGCUGUAGUAGCUACUUCUACAUCUACAGCAAAUCGUUCUAAUAGUAGUUUAACUACUACUUCCAAUAAUAACAAUUUUAAUCGAGCUACAUCAGUUGUUUCAACGAACUCUUCUACAGUGUCUACAUUUAAUCGUCCAACUACAUCUACAGCAAGUAAUCUUAAUACAUCUUCAUAUACCAAUCAUCCAACUAGUAGCUUAACUACUAAUAAUUAUAACUCAAUAAGUUACGCUCCCUCAGCACCGCCAUAUAACGCUUAUGUAUAUUCGGAUACGAUAUAUAAUCGACCCACUCGUAAUUUGUCGUUUGAUAAACAAAAGAAAGAAAAUAAUUAUAAUUCAUGUGUUAUUUCCUAAAGGAAUGUGGAAAUGUAAUUUACAUAAAAUAUUUUGUUUUUAUUAUUUAUAUAUCUCUAACACUCUCUAACACUUUUAUAUUAACAAACAUUAAACAUUAAAAUGUUAAAAGUAUAAGAAAUCGAAUUCGGAAAAUAACUAGUUUUUAAAUAGAACAAAAUAUGAGCGGAACGGUUAUAUAGUCUAUAGACGGUAAGGUUGUCUGUAGUCAAGAUUGUUGUUUAAGCUUUAGUCUGAACUUUUUGAUAGUCCAGUCUAGUUAAAGGUCUAGACUAUUAUCUAGUUUAUAAUCCGAACUUUUGUCUAGUAUGUAUAGUCUGAACUCUUGUUUAGUCUAUAAUUUAGACUAAAGUCUAGUCAAAAGUCUAGACUAUUAGACUGUUGGCUUGUCUAUAUUUUGGAUUGUUGUAUAGUCCAUAAUCUGGACUACGGUCCAGGCAAUAGUCUGAAUUGUUGCCUAUAGUCUGGACUGUCGCCUAGUCCAUAAUCUGGAUUAUUUUUUUACACUAUACUAUGGACUGUUAAAAAUCUAGACUACUAUCCAGUCUAGUCUAAAAUCUGUUCUGUUGUUAUGUCUAUAGUCUGGACUAUUGUCUAUUGUGAAGUGAAGCCUGUUUUUGAAACAAGUCUGGACUGUUGUCUAAUCCAUAAUAUGGACUGUAGUGUAUCUAUCUGGGUAUAUACUUAUAUAGAGAUAGUAAAGAAUUAAAUCAAAUCUUUUGAAAGUUCUUGGUCGCAACAGAACUUUCACCCUAUCGUCAGAUAACUAUCAAUGAUCUCUGAAAAGUCUUUGACGUUAUAAACGUUAAUGUGACCUGUAGUCUAGACUAAAGUCCAAUGCUUUUGGUUUUUAAAAUCAAAAAUCGUUUGACGUCUAUUUGGGACCUUUUAGCAAUAGUGUUGAUGAGAUAGUAAAGUAUUUAAUUUAAUCUUUUGAAAGUUCUUGUACAGAACUUUCUUUACACUAUCGCCCGAUAGCAACCGAUGAUCUCUGAAAAGUUUUUGACGUUAUAAACGUCAACUGACUGCUUCAAAUAAUCUAUACUCUUGUUUUACAAAAGCUUUUGCUUUUGAAUCGUAUAAAUCCCUCUGAACUAUAUAUAUUACAUAGUUCUUGAGAUGGGUUUAAGAGAGAGAGAGGGAGAAAUUGAAACUUUACAAACUAUCGUCCGAUAGCAACCAAUGAUCUCUGAAAAGUUUUUGACGUUAUAAACAUCAACUGACUGCUUCAAAUAAUCUCUACUCUUGUUGU